UAAAUCGGUAUCAAUCACAUCACUAGAUCCCAAUCUUUUACAUUUUACAAUAUUCUCCAACGCACUUUGUCGGGCGUCAGUAGCAAUCGUCGUAUAGAAUUAUACUAUUGAAGAACAUUUAACGAAACGAAUCUACACUUUUCCAUAACAAAAAUGAAGAAAGUAAUAUUUUUAUGCUUGCUAUCACUCUCCGUGUGUCUCAGCAAACCAGCUGCAGAUCAAGUGGCACCGCAAACUACCACUGCAAGUGGUACACCUAUCGAUACUAAAUCCUUAAAAACAGAACAGACCCCACAAUCCAAUAUAACCGAACCACAUGCAAAUACUACAGCUCAUACAGAACUAAAGCCACAGCAAAACGCCUCUGAGAUACACACAAAGGUACCAGCUUUACCAACUAAUAACACGACAAAUGCCAAGCCCGAAGAUAACAAGACAACUGAUAAACAAAUGCCACCAAAGGAAAAGGAAGAAAAAGCGACAACUAAUACAACAGACACUAAAGCUCCUACGGCAAAAACAAACACAACCGAAUCAGCAAAAACAAACACAACUGAAACACCAAAAAUAGUUGUAACGACACAAAAGACAGGACCCACCAAGCCAACGGAAGUUCCUAAAACACCAGAAACACCCAAAUCCGAUGAAGACAAGCAUGUUCUUCAAGCAAGAGGAUUUGAUGGAGCUAGUUUCAUCGGUGGAAUUAUACUAACACUAGGACUUCUAGCUGUUGGAUUCAUGGGAUUCAAAUACUAUAAGAACCAAACUGAGAGAAAUUAUCACACACUCUAAUUGUAUUAUUUAUUGAUAUUUUAUCUAUGAGUGCACUAUGCUGUUCUUAAUUAUAAAUGUUAAAUUUUAUGUAAGCCUUGAAGAGAUUCUUUUUGUUUUAUGUGCACUUAGCAUGUUAUAUUAUCUAAACCAACAGGGUUUUGUAUGUAAAUUUGAGCAGCUAUAUCCCUAAGCAUGCCUAAAUUUGAGGGUGGCAGUUCUUAUAAUUUUAUUUUAUCGAAUUUAUUACAUAAAUACGUUGUCUUAUGACCGAUAUUUUAAGUUAUACUUAUAGGUUCUUUUUUUUUUUACUUUUUCGCAUUUAUCUCGUUCUUUGUUUUAACUGUAAGUGGUAUAUGUGUAUAUUUAUGUACCUUAAUGUUUUGUUUUUAACACUAUUUGGACGUCACGAAGCUUGGAACUGUCUAAAAUUAGAUACUAAAAAAUACUAAUUAUAUAUUUGAAAUGUUUAUCACGUGUUUUUAAAAGUAUAUAAAUGUUUAAAGCUAUUUCAAGUGCAAUUUAGUAUAGCAUUGAAGAUUGUUUAUAUCUGUGCCAUUUGUCUGUUUUAGUAGGUUUUGUAAACAAUUCAAAUUUUGUAAACCACUUCGAAAUAAUAUUCAUUUUCUCAACAAACUUUAGUUGUAAGUAAAAUUAAUAUUAAUAAGAAAAACAAUUGUGAUGAUAUAAUAAGGAUUUGAAAUAAUACUUUGGUUUGGCACAAACAAUUGUCCCCGUCGAUCUUAAAAAAUAUAUUUGCCUUUUGAUUUUUCUACACCGAAUCUCAUUAUACUGAAUCUGAAAGCAUGGUUGUGCCGAACCAAUUUUGCAUUUUAUUUUUCAUGGUUUUUGUAAACUUGGAAAAGUUGAUUCCAUCCUAAAGUGCUCUUAAAUCUCGACUAUAUUUACAGAAAAUUCAUAGUUAUGUCACUCAUGUCACAGUCAAUAGUUAUGUUAAUAAAGUAUAUAUAGCAAAAUUAUAA